AUGCAAGCUGAAAUCUUCCGUGGAACGCCACUCAACAACGAAUACGAACUGAUUCCCUUCAAUCAUUUCACUUACAGCAGGGUAUACCCAAUCGAUUUAGGCCUAGGUAAAAGAGUAGUCGAGAAACCUAUAGGAUACAAGAGGAAGGAUCUACUAGAGGCGUUAAUGAAGGGGUUGGAGAUUUUAAAUAAGAACGUUACGGAAAAAAUGUCUAGGUACACAUUGGACGAUUUCCUGGAAGGCCUCUACAGGGUGGAACCUACAACAGGGACUCAAUACGAGUUGUAUUUUAGGACUAAAGUGUCGGGUUUUACAAAAGUUAUUAUAAUGCGACCGUUUGCUCCACUCCAAACGAUCAAUACCGUUGGUUUGACAGGGCCAAAAGAAAAAGAACUCAUUCACAUUAUACUGCCGUUAUCAGGCAGAACGGCGACGUUCCAGAGCUUCAUGGAUAAGUUCGUCAAGAUAGGUUUGAAGAAUGAUCGAAGGGUUCACCUUACAGUAGUAUAUUUCGGAGAAGAAGGUCUUUCAGAAGCGAGAUCUAUCAUGUCGCGAGUAUUGAUGACCAAGAACAGUGGAGGAAAUCCAAACAACUUAAGACUGUUAGCUCUUAAUGAAACCUUCUCCAGAGGUAAAGGUCUUCGCGUCGGAGCCGAACGCACUUGGGACUUGGAAAAGAGCAAAGACUCAAGCAAAGACGUUCUUUUGUUUAUGUGUGAUGUGGAUGUAGUGUUUAGUGCCAGGUUUCUGGACAGGUGUCGGUGGAACACUCAGUCUGGCAAGAAAGUCUACUACCCGGUUGUGUUUAGUUUGUACAAUCCCCACGUAGUGUAUACGCUGCAAGGUAGAGACGUUCCUCCAGAAAACGAUCAGUUGGUGAUUUCGAGGGAUACUGGAUUUUGGAGGGACUUUGGAUAUGGAAUGACGUGCCAGUAUCGGUCAGACUUUUUGAAGGUGCGUGGUUUUGACGAAGACAUCGUCGGAUGGGGUGGUGAGGAUGUUAUGUUGUACAGAAAAUAUGUUAGAAGUAAUAUGAAGGUCAUUCGAGCCACGGAUCCUGGGAUUUUCCAUAUUUGGCAUCCAAAAGUUUGUUCAGGCAGUCCUGGCGGCCAAAAACUCUCCGCUGAUCAAUACAGAGCCUGUAUCAGAUCUCGCGCACUAAACGAAGCCUCACACGCCCAAUUGGGCUUCCUGGCAUUUAGGGACGAUAUCGCUGCGAAUAGCAGUCCAGCAAAAUACAACCCACACCAAAUCAAGACCUUGAAGACAGCACCAAAGAAGUUGAGGACGCAAACGUAA